CUAUAAGUACCAUCCUAGGGUCUCUAGUCUAACUCACCAAGCCAUCAGAGUCCCUAUUGCACGUGAACAACACUCAAUCUUGACCUCUUUCACACACAAAAUGGCUUCUGCCCGUUCGAAAUAUCAAACCACUACUUCCGAUGUCGAGGGCUAUACUCGUACCAAACAUAUCUAUAUCCCCAUGCGGGAUGGGGUGGAGUUGUGCGCUGACCUCUUCCUACCUUUCGCCGCCUCGAAGGAAGGGAAACAGGUCCCCGUGAUCGGUAGCAUGGGUCCUUAUGGCAAGGACAUCCAUGCGUCCACAUUCGGACUCCCUAAGACCCCGAUUUACGCGGAAAUGUACAAGCACAUUAAGCCACUGGGCCCAGAUGCUGCGUUUGAGCUGUGCGAGCCAACGAUUUGGUGUCGAGAAUACGGCUAUGCUCUGCUCCGGGUUGAUGUGAGAGGCGUUGGAGGUAGUCAAGGAAAACUCGAUCCCUUUGGCCUUGAGCGCUCUGAGAAGAUCCAGGCCGAUGCAGAGGGACAAGAUCUCUAUGAUGUCGUGGAAUGGGCUGCCGUCCAACCCUGGUGUACAGGGAAAGUAGCUUUCUCCGGCAUCAGCUACUUCGGCAUGGUUGGCUACUGGGCUGCCAUGCAGAGACCCCCGCAUCUUGCCUGUGUCAUGUCCUACGAGUCCGCAUGCAGUUUGUAUCAAGCGGCUCGACGAGGUGGAAUCUACAGCAACAACUUCCAGUCCCACUGGUAUCACAACAUUGUGGUUCCCUACCAGAGUGGGAGGCAGGACGGCACUCUCACCGAAGAACAGUUGGCCGCCAACCGUGUGGACUAUCCCAAGCUGCUCACCCAGACAGAAUACCCCACCGAGGGUGCGUGGGCGGUGUUGGAGAAGGUCCGCAAGUUGUCGGAUAUCGAAGUACCAUUCUACUCCGCGGGCAAUUGGACUGAUCCUGAGCUUCAUCUACCCGGCAACAUUCGCGCUUUCAACGGUAUCUCAUCCCAGCAUAAAUGGCUGGAAAUGCAUACUGGAAACCAUCUGGGCGCGUUCUAUGAGCCAGAGCACAUUGAGCUGCAGAAGAAAUUUUUGGACCACUUCCUCUUCGGCAAGAAGUCGAAUGGCAUGCUCGAUAUUCCUCGCAUCCGCUUGCUUCAGCACCACGGUACGGAGACUCUCUAUCGCGAAAACGAGGUGUCUUUCCCGCCCGCAGACGCUGAGGAUGUUGCUUUCUACCUCGCACCAGAGAAGAAGUUGACCUUGACCCUACCACCUGGCAGCAAGGAGCCCUUGGCCUAUGCUGGAUUCAAAGAGUCUCUCAAAUUCUCCCUGGAUUUCCCAUUCUCGGAAUCUUUUGAGCUUUUGGGAUCCCCUUUCCUCGAGCUCGAAGUGUCUACACAAGCCAAAGACCUGGAUCUCUUCAUUUACCUGCGGGCUGUAGACGUUGACGGCAACGUGAUCGUACUUCAUGGAAACCACGGCGAGCCGAUGGACACCUUUGCCCGAGGAUAUUUCCGUCUUUCGCACCGCGAUGAGGUCGCCAAAGACUUCUUGAAGGAAAGGGUCCUUGCCCAAAAGCCAACGGCACCCUCUGAAGUUACACAAGGGAAGGUCUACUCGGUUCUCGUUCCUCUAUAUCCGGCGGCAUUUCUGUUUGACCCGAACCAGAGGCUCGAGCUCGAGAUCGGUUCCGUCAACACCCCUAGCACCAUUUCUCCGAUGCGUCACGAAGGUGGUGAUAGACUUCCGGAACGGUUUGAGGGCGAGAACGUCAUCUUCUCCCACGGGAAGCUGGUUCUACCCCGGGUGCGGCGGUGAGUUGGAUGCUCUUUAUGGAGGGGCUCGGGAUUAUGUUUCGCUAGGAAUCUAGCGGGAUCGCGGUCCGAAAAACAUCCAUGUAGGAUAGGGAUCGGUUGUAUAUGAGUAUGAGUCCAGUAUCAAUAACCAGAAUGGGUUGCGAGAUUUGUAGGAAGAGCCCUCAGGUUCCUCAUUCCAGACUAGUCUGCGCUUGUUAUUCUUUUACAGACAACCUUAUUUGUAACUGUUAACCGGCGCUUAGA